AUGACCGCUAUUCCCGAGCUUCCUUCCAAGAAGGUUCCAUAUGUGCGAUUGGGCAAUUCAGGCUUGAAAGUGUCCAGAGUCAUCCUCGGCUGCAUGACCUAUGGCGCCGAGUGGGCCGAGUGGCUCGUGGGUGAAGAGGAAGCUAUCAAGCACAUUAAGUAUGCUUAUGAUGCAGGAAUUCAGACAUUCGACACCGCGAACGUGUACUCGAAUGGUCUCUCUGAGGAGAUUCUCGGCAAGGCCAUCAAGCAACUCAACCUUCCCCGCGAGGAAAUAGUCGUGAUGACCAAGUUCUCCGGGCUGGUAGGCCGCACGCCGGGCGUCAAGUAUUUUAACCCGCUCCAGGCAGAGCAAGAGGAGCGUUUCGUCAACCAAUGGGGCACGAGUCGCAAGCACAUCUUCGACUCGGUUAAGGCCAGUCUGAAGCGCCUGCAACUGGACUACAUUGAUGUCCUGCAAAGCGGCACCCCCAUCGAAGAAACUAUGACUGCCCUGCACGACCUAGUCAAGCAGGGACUUGUCCGGUACAUCGGAAUGAGUUCUUGCUACGCCUGGCAGUUCCAUGCCAUGCAGAACUAUGCAAUCAAUAACAACCUCACUCCCUUCAUCUCGAUGCAGAACCACCACAGCCUGAUCUACCGUGAAGAGGAACGCGAGAUGUUCCCCACGCUCAAGCACUUUGGCGUGUCUGCGAUUCCGUGGUCGUCCCUCGGGCGCGGCCUUCUGUGCAGGCCCUACAAGAGCCAGACAGCUACGAAGCGCGGCGAGACGGACUGGUUCCUCAAGAACUGGGAGGGCAGCACGACACUGAAAGACAUCGUCGACCGCGUGGAAGAGAUUGCAAAGAAGAGGGGCGUCAGCAUGGCACAAGUUGCCAUCGCUUGGGAGGUUUCCAAAGAUGUUGUGGCGGCACCCAUCGUGGGCACGACUAGCCUCGACAAUCUCAGGGACAUUCUUGAGGGCAUCCAUCUGAAGCUGACGGACGAGGAAAUCAAGCAUCUCGAGGAGUCGUACAAGCCGAUGAGGAUUAUUGGGCACGCCUAG